UUGUUAAUAUUAAAAAUUAAUAUACCAAUCAUAAUACCUACUAUAAUUUAUAGCCAGUUUAAUUCCCAUGUUCGCAAUUUGAUUGAUGUUCAAGAGCUGUGUAUAUAAUUGGCGAUUGAGAUAAGACCUCGUCAGAGAUUUAAGACAAGAGAUUCUGAAAAGGUGUUUUCUGGCUAUUGCAGCUUGCUGUUUAUGGAACAUAGAUGAUUAGUUCUACAAUAAUUUAUAAUAUCAAUGAUGUUAUAAAUCACAAUUCAAGUUAUAUGGUUUUUAAAUCAUUUGUUCAAACGUUGCAUAGAAGGCUCAGARGAAUAAGAUAAUAAAUAAUUUAUAGCAUAUUUUAUGGAUUAAUUGGUUGCUAUUUAAUGCUUUAUUUUUUUCUGUCGACGCAGUCAAUAAUAUGAAUACAUUUAUGUACUUUGCUUACGGAAGCAAUAUGCUUGCACAGCGGAUUCAUAUUCAAAAUCCAACUGCAGUAAGAAUUGGAACUGGCAAACUAAAUGCGUUCCGUUUAGAUUUUAAUACAUUUUCACGUUUUUGGGAUGGAUGUCCAUCGACAGUAGUCCCAGAUCCUGAGGAACAUGUCUGGGGUGUUUUAUGGCGACUGAAUACCAGCGAUUUGAGCAGUCUAGAUCGACAAGAAGGUGUCGAUAAAAAACUCUAUGUACCAUUUGAGGUAAACAUAGUGACGCCAAAUGGCGAUAACAUAUUGAGCCGCUGUUACAUGCUAGUCAAUCAGCCUGUUAAACAAAUACCAUUACCACUUGAAAGAAGACCAUCUAAAGCAUAUUUAGAAACUAUAUUACUAGGGGCAAAUGAAAGUGGAUUACCAUUUGACUAUUUACAAUAUCUUAGUAAAAUUCUCGAUAAUGGCAAUGAUGGCCCAACAAUGCCAUGGUCAAAGCGUGAACCAUUAAAAACUACUGAAUUGUAAUUGAAUACUUACCUUAUUUAAAAAAUGUUAUUAAUUAUGUUUUAAGUAUUUUAUGAUGAAAAAAUAUGUAAGGAGGUGAGGGAACAUUGAUUAAAACUAAUUGUUAUACAGACAAAWUUGUUAGUGAUUAUUUACUUAAUUUAGUUUAAAUACAAUAAGUAAAGAUUAGYCAGAUUAAGCCUAAGUAAUGUAUUUACAAAAAUUKUCUCUUUUUAUUUACUUUAUUUUAGAGAUAAAUGUAUGCAURACAAAUUAUGAUGAAAAGAAAAUUUAAGAUCAUGUACAAUCUUUACUAUUUAUUAGGGUUUAUCAUUUGUGUCAAAUUAUAUAGAUAGCAUUAUAUUUUAUGUAAUUGCUAAUUAAGUCAGAGGAAGUAAUACAUAAACAGAUAAUAAUAAUGAAUUAUUUUUUCAAAAUCUUGGAUAAUAGCAUAUUACUUAUGUAAUUUGUAUUUACAAACACAUAAGUAAAACCUUUUGACACAAUUUAGGGGAUGAGAGUGAACUGAUUGUUUUCUUUUUCCGACUAACCGCCCACCUGCAACAUUCACCUAAAAACAUAUUUUUUAUGUUUUUUGAGAGAUCUUGAAGUAAAUACUCAAUAUAAAAACUAUAAAAGAUAAUAUUUUUGAGGGUAUAACAUAUCAAUUUGUCUAAAU